UGAUAACAGUCCGUCUCAGUUUUUACUUUAAAAAGUAUUUAUUUUUUUCUCUCAUACUUGGAUCGCAGUAUCGCACUAUUAAAGCGCUUACAGAUUUAUAGAGCUAUAUAUAUAUAAUAUAUAUUAUAUUCGAUAUCGUUUAUUCAUUUCAAUCGUUUGCCUGCGGGUUUUGACGACUAACACAAAGGAUAGAGAUUUCGGAUCAGAUAGAGACGUCCGAUUUACAAUACACAUUCGUGACUGCUCUACUGAACGACAAUCAGUAAUAACAAACUAACGAUAAAAUAGUGAAAUACCGUCCAUGCUCGCCGCUGUAGAGCUACUGCUUCUCAACUGUUAUAGUCCAUUAGUCUAUACCUGUAUUGGACUAUAGACUUAUAGUAGGCGCCUAUACAGAUCGUCAAGCGACGGUCGAGUUUUCCAGUUGGUUUCUACAUACACACGGUUAGGAAAUCACAAUUUUGACAAUUUGACUGUUGUACGAUUACUAUUACAACUGCUUUAGUUCACGCCUGCCGCAGAAUAAAUCAUGUACUCGUCGUACCAACUAUUGUUGGCCAUCGGAAUGGUCGUCACCGGAUCCAUUAACACGCUCAGUGUCAAAUGGGCUGAUAAUCUUGAAGCUGAAGGUUCAGAUGGCAAGCCACGUCAUUUUAACCAUCCAUUUUUUCAAUCAUUAACUAUGUUUUUUGGAGAAUUUUUGUGUUUAUUAUUCUUCAAAUUGGCAUAUAGAUAUCAUAUAAAAAAACAAUAUCCCAUUGAGGACAGUCCAAUAGUUAAAGGGAACCAACAAUUUAAUCCAUUUUUGUUCUUUAUCCCAGCAAUGUUUGAUAUGAUAGCUACUACACUCAUGUACAUUGGUCUAACAAUGACUUUUGCAUCUAGUUUUCAAAUGUUAAGAGGUGCUGUAAUAAUCUUUACUGCUAUAUUUUCAAAAAUUUUUGUUCAUCGACAAGUUUCUGUUCGUCAUUGGUUGGGCAUAUUUACCAUAAUUAUUGGAUUAGCCACAGUUGGUGUAUCAGAUUUCUUAUCAUCUGGAACAGGCUCAAAAUCUACUAAUGAAAUUCUCAUUGGUGACUCAUUGAUCUUAUUUGCUCAGAUAAUAACAGCUGCUCAAAUGGUUUAUGAAGAGAAAUAUGUUGUUUCGAAUGAUAUACCACCAUUACAAGCUGUUGGUUGGGAAGGUGUAUUUGGAUUCCUGAUGAUGAGUUUGCUAUUAAUACCAUUUUAUUACAUCAAUGUUGGUCCUCCUCUUAGUGAUAACUCUCGUGGAGUCAUUGAAGAUUUUCCAGAAGCUAUUACUCAAAUAAUGAACAAUAAGUGGAUUCUGAUUGCAUUAAUAGGAAACAUAAUAAGCAUUGCUUACUUCAACUUUUCUGGUAUAAGUGUUGCUAAGGAAAUAUCUGCAACCACUAGGAUGGUAUUGGAUUCUGUUCGAACAUUUUUCAUUUGGACUUUUUCGUUAGCUGUUGGCUGGCAAACAUUCAAUCCACUUCAGCCUGUUGGUUUCCUGCUAUUGCUUAUUGGCAUGUGCAUUUACAAUAAUUUAUUGAGAGCUGUACCAAGAAGAUUGAGAACUGUCGUACACUAUCCUACAGAUGAACCUAUUAUUGGAGGAGAACCAUAAGAAUAUUGCCUUUGGAAAUGUUCAAACAUGACUACUUUCAACAAGUAAUAUUAAAAUAAGGAGCUAAUAGAUGAACUGAAUAUUAAUGCACUUAUAGUAUGUUUUUAUAUUAUAAUAAUAUAAUAUAAAUAAUUAAAUUUAAUAACUGACGAUACUCGUUACAUUAACCCGCCAUGAGUCGCAUCACGGUCUUUUAGACCGUGAGUUUAUUAUUUUACUUAUAAAUCAUUGUGAGUAAUUUACUUUAUUUCAUGCAUUUGGUUACCUUCAAUGUACACGUUGACCUAUUUUUUAAAAUUAUUUAGAACAGUCUAUUAUUGUUCAUCGAAUUUAUAGCUAUUUGUAAAGUCCAUAAUCUGUCAAAAAGGCCGUGUGCGACUAAACUCGGUAUCAAUUUUGUUACGCAUUAUUUUCGUUGGCAUACAAUUUUAAAUGGAAAAACCAACAAAAACAAUAUAUCUAGUCACUUACCUCUUAUUUCUUCGAACCUAGCAAUAUUUUGGUUUAUUUUCGCCGACAGUCGGCUUGGUGGGAGAAACAGACCUCAAAACCGCGCGGCCAUUUAUUUUCAUUUUAAUCUUAAGUAUAAUAGUUCAUUCAUACCAAUUUUUAUUGUAAAAUAUAAUAAAUAAAUAAAAUAUAAUUUUUGUAAAUUAUUAAUAAAUGCAUUUGUAUGUAAAAUGUUAAAAAAAAUAUGAGAUCUAAGUGAACGGUCAAAAAGACCUUGUGCGACCACAUGUGUUACAUACAAUGGUGCGACUCAUGGCGGGUUAAAUAGAUUAUUACUAAACCAAAAUAUAAUAUGAUAUACAUAUUUAUUUGUUAGUAUAUUUUGUAUUCAAUGUUUUUUUUUUUUUUUU